AAAAGAAAAAUUAAAAUAAAUCCACGUUUUAAAGCCCCUCCUUCCUCGCCAUUUCUUCGAUCCCUCCCUUUAUCUCUUCUCUCGCACUCCCUCCUCGUUAAUGCCCAACUUAAACCAGAGAGAGAGAGUCAUAGGGAGGGCCAAACAGACAAUACCACAGCUCUAACAAACAACCUUAAAUUAUUACAAAUUUCCUCCUUAAAAUUCACAUUUCAAUCACCAUGAUCUCCUUGAAAAGCAGCUUCUUGAGUGGCUCUUGUAGCCGUGUAUCAGGGAAGCAGAGAGGAGAAUUUACAGUGCAUAAAGCUUCUUCAUUGAGAGUUAAAGCUGUGUUAAAUCCUAGUCGGGAACGAAACGGCAGCGUUGUGUUGGAAAGUAGUACACUUCAGGAAAUUAGAGAUGGUGGUUCUGUGAUUGAAGUGGAGGCUAAAACCACCGUUGCUGGUGGGGUCCAUGACGUGUACGGUGAGGAUACUGCCACGGAGGAUCAGUUUGUCACGCCUUGGUCACUUUCUGUUGCAAGCGGGUAUUCUCUGUUGCGUGAUCCGCACCACAACAAGGGGCUUGCUUUCAAUGAUAAAGAGAGAGACGCCCACUACUUGCGCGGCCUUCUUCCCCCUUCAGUAGUUUCUCAGGAGCUCCAGGUGAAGAAAAUGAUGCACAUUAUUCGGCAGUAUCAACUUCCGCUGCAAAAGUACAUGGCUAUGAUGGAUCUUCAGGAGAGAAAUGAAAAACUCUUCUAUAGGCUUCUCAUUGAAAAUGUUGAGGAGAUGCUCCCAAUUGUGUACACUCCAACCGUUGGCGAGGCAUGCCAGAAAUAUGGAAGUAUCUUCGGUCGUCCUCAGGGUCUCUAUAUCAGUUUACAAGAAAAGGGUAGAAUUCUUGAGGUACUGAGGAACUGGCCUGAGAAGAAUAUUCAAGUCAUUGUUGUAACUGAUGGUGAGCGAAUUUUGGGGUUGGGAGACCUUGGCUGUCAGGGUAUGGGAAUACCUGUGGGCAAACUUUCUCUAUAUACAGCACUAGGGGGUGUUCGCCCUUCAUCUUGCUUGCCUGUAACUAUUGAUGUGGGAACCAACAACGAGAAGCUGCUAAAUGAUGAGUUCUACAUUGGGCUUAGGCGAAGAAGGGCUACUGGACAGGAAUACUCUGAACUGCUAGAUGAGUUCAUGGCUGCUGUCAAGCAGAAUUAUGGGGAGAAAGUGCUCGUUCAGUUUGAAGACUUUGCAAACCACAAUGCUUUUGAUCUGCUUGCAAAAUAUGGUACAACGCAUCUUGUUUUCAAUGAUGAUAUACAGGGCACAGCAUCAGUGGUUCUUGCGGGGCUUGUUGCAGCACUAAAAUUAGUUGGUGGAACUCUAGCCGAUCACAGAUUCUUAUUCCUUGGUGCCGGAGAAGCUGGCACUGGAAUUGCAGAACUCAUAGCUCUAGAGAUUUCAAAGCAGACAAACAUGCCGGUGGAAGAGACUCGCAAGAAGAUUUCAUUGGUGGACUCAAAGGGGUUGAUUGUUAGUUCACGCAUAGAUUCACUCCAACAUUUUAAGAAGCCGUGGGCACAUGAACAUGAACCUAUAAAGACACUUCUCGAUGCUGUCAAUGACAUUAAGCCAACAGUGUUGAUUGGAACAUCAGGAGUGGGAAGAACAUUUACUAAAGAAGUGGUUGAGGCUAUGGCCUCCUUCAACGAGAAACCUAUAAUUCUUGCUCUUUCUAACCCAACUUCACAAUCUGAAUGUACUGCUGAGGAAGCUUACACAUGGAGUCAGGGCCGUGCAAUUUUUGCUAGCGGGAGCCCAUUUGCGCCAGUUGAAUAUGAGGGGAAUGUUUACGUGCCUGGUCAAGCUAACAAUGCAUAUAUCUUCCCUGGAUUCGGUCUGGGUUUAAUCAUGUCUGGUACAAUUCGUGUUCAUGAUGAUAUGCUUCUGGCAGCAUCGGAAGCUUUGGCAGCAGAGGUGACCCAAGAAAACUUUGACAAGGGACUCAUAUACCCUCCAUUCACCAACAUCAGAAAGAUUUCAGCACAUAUUGCUGCCAAUGUGGCUGCAAAAGCUUAUGAACUCGGUUUGGCUAGUCGCCUCCCUCAACCCAAGGAUCUUGUGAAGUACGCUGAAAGCUGUAUGUACAGCCCUGCCUACAGAAGCUACCGGUAAAGUGAUACCCCCGUCCCCAAAAGGAAGGGGAAAAACCGAAAAAAGAAAAAAAGUAGAGGUUCAUUUUUAGUCACAUAAUCAGCCAUUUUCCAUUUUUUUGUUUAAUUUUUUCGUUAUCCUAUUUUAACUGUUAAUCCUUUAUUUUAUACGACGUUGCCAUGUAAGUCGUUCCGUGGGUAAUCAGUAGCACAUUUAUAGUAGGUGCUUGUAGUCUGAUGCAGUCAGAAUAUAGCAUGAAAAAGAAGGGGAAAAAAGAUGGACUUGAAAAUUCUCACAUGAAAAUGAAAUUCUUUUUAUUGUUC